UUUCUUCACACACGUCGUCUGCGAUAAAAUUUUGAUGGUGACAGAAUUGAAGUAAAAUUUGAAUCGGAGAUAUGGCAGCAGGAGCAAAUGUUGGUCGUGAUGAGGCGUAUACCACCAUCAACAAUGCUGCAAUUGCAGUCACCACCACCACUGCUGCCACCACCAUCAUUGCUACUAAUGCCACCACCACCAAGUCUGCUUCUGCCACUGCCAUCACCAUUGCCACCGCCACUACCAAGACCACUCCUGACACAAAGCCCCCAAGUCCUCAACUGACCAGAUAUUGCAGCUGGAGAAGGAUAGACCAGGAACUUCAAAGCCAGGGCUUGCCGGUCUCCUACAAUAAGAAAAAUGCCAAGGGCCCAUCUAAUGAACUUGUUGCAGAAUAUUUGGCCACAGUUGUAGAAAAGCAGAGACUAACAUGCAGCCACAGGUGAGGCUUUGUCCACAUUUCCAGAAAGACACAAGAUAGUAUCAGAAAGCCAUGCCAAAAUCAACGACUGAAGGGUUUGGAGAGCCAUACAAAGAGCCUAGAAAUGUGAUUUUACCUGUACUUCAAUCACAUGAACAGCAGCAGGAGCAAAAACAGCAGCAACCACACAGGAGAUGUAACGACAGCAUUGACCAACAGCAACAACAAUAGCAGCAUAAACAAUUUCUGCAGGAGGUGCAAAAACCACACCGGCAACCUCAACAACAUCAAGAUGUCCAACAACCACUCCGGGAACAUUAACAGCAACCACAACUUCAGCAAGAGUUUCAACAAACACAUCAGCAAAAACCAACAGCAGCAGCAACAACAGCACUUAUGAAAUGAAUUUUAAUUGAAACUCAAAAGCCAAUGAGGAAACAUCUUUUACAAAAUGAGACAUCAUUUGUUCAUUCUUUUACAGGAUAAAGGAAAGCUUUUUUGAAAGUGUAAAUUUGCAGGAACACAAUGAAUGUUCCCUCUGUAUCUAUUUAUUGAAAUAAAUUUGACUUUAAAAAGAAUGAAUGAUGAUUCAAUAAAUAUCUACUUUUUAUUUGUCAAUGAGUAAAAAUACAUGUAUUUUCUAUUUAGAAUGACAAAAAGCAAUUUAUCAAAUCAAAAUCAUCAAAAAAUUGACCAAUAUGGCUCUUAGGCCCUCAAAAUUGUUGGUAUUUUGAUGAAAAAGCUAUUUAUGCGGCAAUAUUUGACGCAGCUCAAAUAGCUGCGUCAAAUUUGCCGCAGAAAUUGUCAUUUGCCGCAGCUCCUUGAGCUGCGUCAAAUAUUGCCGCUGAAAUUGUCAUUUGCCGCAGAAAGUAUCUGCGGCAAAGUUUUAUGAAACGGAAACUUGACGCUGUUUUAAGAUUUGCCGCAGAAACACAGAUUUGCCGCAGAAAAUGGUAGUUGCCGCUGCGGCAAAUGUUUUAUGAAACGGGCCCAUGGUCUUACUAUUUGGAUUAUAUCGACAAAAAUGAUAACCCAGGGCGUCUAGUGCUUUGCAGGCAGCUACAGUUCGCAACGAUAUUCAGCAAGAUCAUCUCGCGUAAUUUGCGUGCAAAAUGUUCCGAGCUUCGCCGAAGAGACGGCGUAUUUAGAGAUUCCUUACAAGUCCUUAAUUGCUCUGGUCUACCUUUUGCUGUACUAGUGAUAAAUAAUUUUUUUUCAAAGAGUUUGGGUUAUUUUUUCAAUUACUUGUUGCGUUCUAUUCUCUCUUUCAUGAUCUCAGGUUAAAUCCUCGGUCGAAAAAUGGAAAAGUAAAUUCAUAUGAAUAUAACUAUUUUCCUUGAGAUAUACUUCUUAGUAGCAAACAAAUGGUUUCCCGUUAGUAAUUUCUAGCCACUGUCAAAGCUUUUAAUAAAACUUCGUAAUUAGUGUUUGUAUAAAUUCUUCAUUUUCAAUGCAAACUUUGAUUAGCGAUAACUUGAAAUCCACUUGUGCUCCAAAUUUCAUUCUUCUUUUAAAAUAAAGCUCAUGGAAUUCUUAAAAAAAAUGUAAUCAGGUAUUUGUCUUCAAAAUCUCGCCUUAAUGGUUUCAAUCGCCAUUUAAGUCUAAGUGUUUAUUUGGUGAAAGAGUUUGGAUUAUUUCUUCAAUUACUUGUUGCGUUCUAUUCUCUCUUUCAUGAUCUCAGGUUAAAUCCUCGGUCGAAAAAUGGAAAAGUAAAUUCAUAUGAAUAUAACUAUUUUCCUUGAGAUAUACUUCUUAGUAGCAAACAAAUGGUUUCCCGUUAGUAAUUUCUAGCCAAUGUCAAAGCUUUUAAUAAAACUUCAUAAUUAGUGUUUGUAUAAAUUCUUCAUUUCCAAUGCAAACUUUGAUUAGCGAUAACUUGAAAUCCACUUGUGCUCCAAAUUUCAUUCUUCUUUUAAAAUAAAGCUCAUGGAAUUCUUCAAAUAUGAUGUAAUCAGGUAUUUGUCUUCAAAAUCUCGCCUUAAUGGUUUAAAUCGCCAUUAAAGUCUAAGUGUUCAUUUGCUGAAUUUUGGACAGUCAACGAUCGUGUGUACGUAUGCUUAUCCAUAUUAGAUUAAACCUGUGGUUUGGUAUAUUUUAUAUUGUCUCAAAAGUAAAAGCUUGAUGAUUCUUACAUUUUUUCACCACAUAUGCAGUAACCUUAUUUGGGAGAUAAAUGAACAUAUAUAUAUUUUUGUUUUUAUUCAAAACGAUUCAAUUCAUGGUCUUACUAUUUGGAUUACAUCGACAAAAAUGAUAACCCGGUGCGUCUAGUGCUUUGCAGGCAGCUACAGUUCGCAACGAUAUUCAGCAAGAUCAUCUCGCGUAAUUUGCGUGCAAAAUGUUCCGAGCUUCGCCGAAGAGACGGCGUAUUUAGAGAUUCCUUACAAGUCCUUAAUUGCUCUGGUCUACCUUUUGCUGUACUAGUGAUAAAUAAUUUUUUUUCAAAGAGUUUGGAUUAUUUUUUCAAUUACUUGUUGCGUUCUAUUCUCUCUUUCAUGAUCUCAGGUUAAAUCCUCGGUCGAAAAAUGGAAAAGUUAAUUCAUAUGAAUAUAACUAUUUUCCUUGAGAUAUACUUCUUAGUAGCAAACAAAUGGUUUCCCGUUAGUAAUUUCUAGCCACUGUCAAAGCUUUUAAUAAAACUUCAUAAUUAGUGUUUGUAUAAAUUCUUCAUUUCCAAUGCAAACUUUGAUUAGCGAUAACUUGAAAUCCACUUGUGCUCCAAAUUUCAUUCUUCUUUUAAAAUAAAGCUCAUGGAAUUCUUCAAAAAAAUGUAAUCAGGUAUUUGUCUUCAAAAUCUCGGCCUAAUGGUUUAAAUCGCCAUUUAAGUCUAAGUGUUUAUUUGGUGAAAGAGUUUGGGUUAUUUCUUCAAUUACUUGUUGCGUUCUAUUCUCUCUUUCAUGAUCUCAGGUUAAAUCCUCGGUCGAAAAAUGGACAAGUAAAUUCAUAUGAAUAUAACUAUUUUCCUUGAGAUAUACUUCUUAGUAGCAAACAAAUGGUUUCCCGUUAGUAAUUUCUAGCCAAUGUCAAAGCUUUUAAUAAAACUUCAUAAUUAGUGUUUGUAUAAAUUCUUCAUUUCCAAUGCAAACUUUGAUUAGCGAUAACUUGAAAUCCACUUGUGCCCCAAAUUUCAUUCUUCUUUUAAAAUAAAGCUCAUGGAAUUCUUCAAAUAUGAUGUAAUCAGGUAUUUGUCUUCAAAAUAUCGCCUUAAUGGUUUAAAUUGCAAGUAAAGUCUAAGUGUUCAUUUGCUGAAUUUUGGACAGUCAGCGAUCGUGUGUACGUAUGCUUAUCCAUAUUAGAUUAAACCUGUGGUUUGGUAUAUUUUAUCUUGUCUCAAAAGUAAAAGCUUGAUGAUUCUUACAUUUUUUCACCACAUAUGCAGUAACCUUAUUUGGGAGAUCAAUGAACAUAUAUAUCCUUUUGUUUUUAUUCAAAACGAUCCAAUUCAUGGUCUUACUAUUUGGAUUAUAUCGACAAAAAUGAUAACCCAGGGCGUCUAGUGCUUUGCAGGCAGCUACAGUUCGCAACGAUAUUCAGCAAGAUCAUCUCGCGUAAUUUGCGUGCAAAAUGUUCCGAGCUUCGCCGAAGAGACGGCGUAUUUAGAGAUUCCUUACAAGUCCUUAAUUGCUCUGGUCUACCUUUUGCUGUACUAGUGAUAAAUAAUUUUUUUUCAAAGAGUUUGGGUUAUUUUUUCAAUUACUUGUUGCGUUCUAUUCUCUCUUUCAUGAUCUCAGGUUAAAUCCUCGGUCGAAAAAUGGAAAAGUAAAUUCAUAUGAAUAUAACUAUUUUCCUUGAGAUAUACUUCUUAGUAGCAAACAAAUGGUUUCCCGUUAGUAAUUUCUAGCCACUGUCAAAGCUUUUAAUAAAACUUCGUAAUUAGUGUUUGUAUAAAUUCUUCAUUUUCAAUGCAAACUUUGAUUAGCGAUAACUUGAAAUCCACUUGUGCUCCAAAUUUCAUUCUUCUUUUAAAAUAAAGCUCAUGGAAUUCUUC